AUGUCUGCGACAGGCGAAAACGUAGUCGACGGCCAGAAGACCUUCCCUUACGNNGGUGAGCAACAGUGGAUGUAUCCUUGUGGUGGCAUGCCGAUGAGCACGAACAGAAGCUUAUGGCCUGUUUCCGGUGGAGCGCUUGCUCUUCAGCCAGGGUGGUUCACAGCGCAGNGCCACAAGACCGCGAUGUUCUAUAUCAACAUUGGCAUCAACGGACCUGGAGAAGUUGCACCGCCGAACAUGUCUCAUCCUGUCGCUGGACCUUUUCAAAUUACCGGCCCAUCGAACCAAGAGUACCCAGGCUCUUUCUGCCUCCCUCAAGUACCUCUAGUGCCGGAUGUCACAUUCAACAUCGGCGACAACAUUACGAUACAGGUAAUCGAGACCGCUCAGCAUGGCGCAGCCAUCUACAACGUAAGUGGUGUCAUCUUUGCGUCUCAGAACGAGGCUGACAACCCUACCAUAGNNUGCGCAGAUGUGACGCUCGCAGAUCCAGCCGACGUACCAGAAGUAAACGCAUCCAACUGCUUCAACUCUUCGGACUUGAGUUUCCAAUUGAUCUAUGCGACCGGGAAUCUCAGCAGCGGCGCCUUACCGACGGCGAUUGCAUCCUCUUCAAUAUCGCUUACGCUGCCAGUACUCGUGGCCUUCCNNCUUACGUUCGUUUUGUGGUGA